AUGGUAAACCAACCCGGUAACACUAGCUCUUCUUCCCAAGCACCACCACCCGGACCGAGAAUAUUCCAAAAGCCUAUUGCUUCGUUCACAAAACUUGAAACAAGAAAUGGAAUUGCGCGGAUGAUCGAAGAAGAGGAAACGAUUGAGAUACCGAUUGAAUAUCAGCCAGAUACGACCGACCCUUUCUAUCGACCUCAAACGCUGACACAAAGCAACAAGAUUCACCAUUUUCAUUCGAUGGCAACUGGAAAAUUUGUUAAUCUGAUUGCAGCAAAACGGCCUUUCAAUCGAGAAUUACAACCGGUGAUGAUAAGAAGAUUCAAAUUGGAUAUUUUGAGUUCAGAAGAAACCGGUUUCACUCAACUUCAAAGAGAAAAAGAAUUGUCCGAAACAAUUGAUCAUCCAAAUAUUGUCAAAUUCUAUGAGAUGUACGGUGAAGGACCGAUCGAAGUACCGACCCAUUUAUGUUUUGUAAAAGAGAGAAUGCCCCAGACAUUGGAAAAAUAUUACGCAUCUUUGCUCUUUCGGGAUGAGGAAAAUGGAUUGGUGCGCAGAGAUCUUAUCCAGCUAAAAUCUCUUCUCACUCAAAUACUUCGGGCGCUCGAGUACCUUCAUCAAUGUGGAAUCAUUCAUCGAGAUGUCUCACCAAGAAAUAUUGGAAUUGAUCAGGAAACUUUUGUCGUCAAGCUACUAGAUUUGGGAUCAGCAAGAGAAAUCAAUCCAAAACUGGAUCACUCGGCAAAUCUGAAGACAGCACUUAUUUACAAAUCUCUCGAACUGUAUCAGAGAAGCAAGUACAAUGAGGGUGUGGAUAUUUGGGCUGCAGCUCUUGUUGCUGUUGAGUUCUUGGGUGUGAAACUGAUGAUGCCAACUGGAACACCAGAAGAGGUUGCGACUAAGCUUCGGAAACGAGGUCCCGAAAAUGCGAUGAAAGAUCGAAUUUUUGCUAUACUUGGAAUUCCCGAUGAUCAAUAUGAAUCAAUUUUCGGAAGAAAAAUAUUCGAAAAACCGCAAACGGCUAAAUUUGAUGAGAUUUGGGAGAAGGAAAUUAAGGACAGAUUGGGAUCUGACAAUGAAACAUUGAAAGGAGAAGAUUUCAAAUCUUUGAUCAAAAACAUGCUGAAUCCAGAUUGGAUGAAUCGCGUCACAGCCACGAAUUGUUUUGUGGAACCAUUUCUCCUUUCUCCGAUCGAAGAUGCAUAUCGAAGAAAUGUGGAAGAUGCGAGUCGUCUUUUGAUGGAAAUUGAA